AUGGGGCGGGAGCUGUCGGUGUGGGGGAGCCCUGGGGGGCCGGAUCUAGAAGACGAUGGCGAUGACUGCACCGGUGAUGGCGGCGAAGAUCAUCCAAGAGGCGCCCGCGGCCAUGAGGUCGGCUCAGGCUCGCCGCUCCAACGGCGGCACCGGCCGCUACAGGGCGGUCUCUGUCCGCUCCUCGGCCCGGUAAAGGAGGUCGGCCUCGGUGGGGACGGUGGCCAUGUAGGAUUCGUCGGCGGUAUCGGUGGCGGGAACGAUGGUCGUGGAGGAUCCGGCGACGGAAUCGAGGGCCGGGAUGAUGGCAGUGAGAAUCUGGCGGCAGCAUCAGGGGCGGGGUCCUCGUGGCUGGGGGGCUUGAGGAGAGGAUAUCCCGGACUCCGGCUGUCAUUGCGGUGUGAAAUACUAGAGGAUAUACCUAGUCUGUGA